AUGUCCAGCCACCAGAACAGCCGUAACGUGGCGCCCCACUCCGCCGUGUCGCUUCUGGGCAGCACCACCGAUUUGGGCGCCCUGCGCACGCACAAUGCGCUGCAACAGCGCCAAGCCCAAGUGGCGGAUGCCACACGCCGACUUUUGCAGUCGGAAACGUUGGUCAACAUGCUUCAAGAGGCGGGUGUGGAGCUUCCUAGCUUGGAGGACCUGGAGAUGUACCGAGCCGCACUGCGAGCCAACCUGACCUGGCGGGACAUCCUGCGUCCCAACCUGGCUGCCGCCAAGCGGGGCGGCAACGCCCAGCCGGGCUUCAGCCGGUGGCUGGACGCCGCCAUCACGGAGGAGCAGCGGAGGGCGGUGCGGGACGAGGCGGCCCGGGUCAUACAGGCCGCCUGGAGGGCCUUCAAACGAUCCCAGAUCAACAGCGUCAUGCGCCAUGUUCGGAACUUCGAGAUCGGCAAGUACGACUGGAGCGAUGAUGAUUCCGUACCGUCGGACGAGCUGCCGGACUGGUGGGACGAGUCCGAUAGCGAGGAGGACGAUGAGGACGGCGAGGAGGGCAAAGACGGCAAGAAGAAGAAGGGCAAGAAAAAGGCCGACAUGAAGAAGUCCGCGAGCUUCAUGAAGAAGCGCUCGGUCCUGGCGGCGGUGGCGGGGGCCAUGGACGAGGAGACGAUGGGGGAUGCGGUGGCGGCGGGGAACUCCAAGAGAAAGAAAAAGAAGAAGAAAAAGGCGGGUGCGGGCGGGGAGGGGGAGGACGGCGGCGAGGAUGGGGAAGGCGGUGGAGAGGAAGGCGACGGCGGCGGCGACGGCGACGGAGGGGGAGAGGACGGCGGAGGCGGAGUGGGAGCGGAGGACAGCGCUGGCGGCGGUAAGAAGAAGAAGGGAAGGAAGGGCGGCAAGAAGAAGGACGACGGAGCGGCGGGCGAGGAGGGGGAGGAGGGCAGCGGCGCAGCCGCUGGCGGCGGCGGCGGCGGUGAGGAGGUUGACGGUGAAGGUGACGCCGGAAAGGGAAAGGUACGGAGGAAAACUACCAAGAUCAAGGCCGCCGACGGGGUCCUGGCCGCGGAGCCAAGUACCGGGGCACUGGCGUCGGAAGCAAGUCGGGGGCCUGACGGCGCCGCUGGAGAGGCAGGGGUUGCCCUCCUCACACCCUUCCCCUUUUUGUUUGUUUUUUUCUUGAACCCCAUCAAUCAAUCAAUCCCCACGCGCACCGCCCUCAGGCCGCCGCCGCCACCACCGCCGCCACCGCCGCCGCCGCCACCGACGAACAAGGAGCCGCCAGCGCCCAAGGAGCCGCCGCCGCCGCCGCCGCCGCCACAACAAAGCGUAUCAGCUGCGACAGCUGCGGCGGCGGCCGCCGCCGCCGCGGCGGCGGCAGCGGAAGCAGCAGCGUCAGCGGCGGCUGCCGCUGCUGCUGCCGCCGCCGUUCCAUUGUCAGAGUCUGUCUCCACGUCUGACGUCGGGCAAGCCGUACCUGGCGCUGCGGGCCGCCGCCGCAGCAGCCAAAAGAGCACUGGCAGCGGCGCCGUCGACAACGACGAUGGCGGCGAUGGCGACGGCGACACCACGGCUCGCCGCACCGACGGUGAAAGCGACGACGGAGACGCUGCCAGCGGCGCCGACGCCGGCGGCGGCGGCGCGGCACCAAAAGCGAAGAAGAAGAAGAAACGAAAGCCCGUCGCCGCCAAGCCGCGCGACAGCGACGGGCCUGGCGGCGCCGCCUCCAGCAGCGUCGGCGGCGGCACAGGCAGCGUCGCCGCCAGCACGCCUCGCAAGCUGCUUCAGCCGGUGCGGCAGCCAGAAGUACCGGACUGGUCCAAGGUGGGCCCGUCGGCGGCUCUCUUUGACGCCAAGACAGAUCAGGAAAAGCGUGCGGCGAUCCUGGCGCGCAUGGCUCGCGACGCAGGGCCCGAUUGGAAGCCGCCUGGUGUGGUGGGGGACUGGUUCAGCAUGUCGCACUACCUGUACGACGGUACGGAUCCAGACAAGCGGGGUGCGGCGAUGGCCAAGGUGGCGGAAACGAUGGCGGCCAACGGUCAACCGCUCUGGAGGCCAGGGGGAGUCGCCGUGCACCAGUGGUUCAGCAUGUCACGGUCAAUGUACGACGGCACUGACCCGGCGAAACGCAUGGAGGUGAUGAGCAAGGUGGCGGCGCAGACGCAGCAGCCGCCCCUGAACCCCAUGUGGCGGCCCCCCGGCAUUGGACCCGGCAUUGGCAGACCCCGGUACGACAACGGCCUCUUCGACGGCGAGCCAGAGAAGGAGCGCCGUACAUCCCUGAACGGCAUGCCUCCGUGGCGGCCGCCAGUAUUACGCUCAGGGGUCCCCCGCAUCGAGUAUUACAACUACUACAACAACAACGCCCCAGCUGGUGCCUUCAGUCCUCAUUCCUCUUCCGAUGGUGACGAUGGUGGUGAUGAUGAAGAUGAUGGUGAUGAUGGUGCGGAUCUGGAUCUGGAUUUGGAUCUGGAUGCUCCCCCGGGGGAGACGCCGGAGGAGCGUGAGGCUAGGCGGGCGGCAAGGCGGGCAGAGAGGCGGGCGGAGAGGCGGGCGGCAAGGCGGGCGGCACGUGCGGCUGCCAAGGCGUCCGGCGGGCUGGCUGGGGAGAGCUCUGGCGGUUCUCUGGGCACCCGUCUCAACGGCCGUCAGCCCUGGCGCUUCACUUACGCUGUGGACGACGACGUAGUGGUGUCCGGGAACGACCCGCCGCAGGUCAAGUACGACGCCAUUUUACGAGAGGAGAAGCCAGCCCCAAGGCCUUGGAAAUACACCGUGAAUGCGGAACCGACACGUAAUGUGCCGUACAACAUUUGGGGGCCUUAUGUGGAUCCCGGUCGCAACCCACCCAGCCCUACGAAGCACGAGACACUCUUGUCGGCGGCCAUGAAGCGCCUCAGCCCGGACGUGGAGGCGGUGGUCGGUAGUACAACACGUGUACGAGGACAGCCCAGCGCGCGCUCCUUCUCCAGCGUUCACACCGACAGCGGCGGUGGCGGCGGCGGCGGCACAGGCAGCGGCAGUGGCAGUCCUGUAGCGGCCGAGGCACCCCGUUUAAGCAACGGCGGCGGCGCCGCCGCCGCCGCGGCAGCAGCGGCGGAGCCCUCGACGACUGUCGACUGUGCCGACACGGCACCGCCGUCGCCGAGCCACGACGCCGCCGACGCCGUUGCCGCUGACGCUAAGGCUGCGGACGCUACCGACGCGCACUCAGAUUCGGAGGCGACGGCAGCGGCGCACAAACGUUCCGGACCUCGGGGCGCCAAGUCACUACGCCGUAACAUAUCCAUGCCGCAACUAAACCGGCGUGCGGGGGGUCCUCAGCGGUUUUUCUCUGCACGACAUCAUCGUCAUCACUCAACCAGCAUCAUCGGCGCCGCUGCCGCCAUCCCAAGCUACGUCGUACUUGCGCCUGAGGUGUCGGCCGCCGCCGCUGAUGCCGUGGCGCCGCUCGUCGCCGUCUCGACGCACGACACUACUGCGGCAUUGCAUGGACUGCCGUACGAGCUGAGUGUCAUGGGCCACUCCGCGGUGCUGUCGCCGAUGCGCAUAUCGGGCCUGGCGGCGGCGGCAUCGGGCGUGUACGACAGCAGCGAUGGCGGAAGCUGCAGCGGCGAUGUCAGUGGCAGUGAGGACCCUGAAGCGCUCCGUCGAGUGGGAUUGUUUGCACCACGGCCGCCGAGCCCCCUUUCCAGGGCCUUUCCGGCGGGUGUCGACGACGGCUUGCUUGAAGCGGAGCCAAGUCAGGGCGCUGCUGACGGCGCCGCCGCCGCUGCGCUAUCGUUGGCCGCAUCGGCAUUGGCCACGGAAGCCGGACUCUCGGCUGCCGGUGACGUGGCGGUCGUGAUGGCCUCCGCGGCGGCGGCCGUCGUGGAGGUUGACUUGACGGCGGCGGCGGCGGCGGCGGCGCCGUCAGUGGACCCGCUGACUCUGCCGCAGCUGUCGUCCCUGCGGCAUCAACUCCCCAUGGAAGAUCUGCAGCAAAGAUUGUUGCAGCUACAGCAUGAGCAGGGGUCGCAUGACGGCGGCGGCUAUUUGGACGAGCUGGCGGAGGGAGACCCGUCGUACCUAGAUUUUGCCGUAGCGGCGGCGGCAGCAGCAUCGUCGGCAGGAGGCUUGGCGGAGGCGGAUAGGGACGCGGCUUCGGCAGCGGCCGCCGCGGGGGAACAGGGGUCGCCGUCACUGCCGCCGACGGCGGCAAUGCCGACGGCAGCACCGCCGUCGCCGCCGUCGCCAUUCGAGCCUACAUCGCCGAUGGAGGGCCGUCUGGCCUAUUUCCGCUCCCUUCAGCUUCCCAAAUGCACCUCCACCUUCUCAUCUGAAUUUGGAAUCAACUACACCAGUCAUGGCACUAUCAAGCGCCGCUCGCGCGUCUGGCGCAGGUCUUACGAAUCGAACUCGGGCGACGGCAGCGGUGAGUACGGCGACGCUGGCGGCGCCGGCGGAGUCCGUGCACGGAAUCGCAGCGCGCCGCGGCUGUACCCCCCGGCGGGGUCCACCCUCCCCGAUGGGGGGGAGCCCAAGCGUAUCUGCUCGGCACGACGCCGGGGGCCUUUCUCCACAGCUGGGGUCAAGCCGUACCCCCUGGGUCUGGAUCCAGUUGUCGUACGGAGCUUGCCGUUGCAUUUGCGGGUAAACGCCCGCGCUCGGUCGGCACCAGGCUCACCUCGCGGCAGCAUCAGCGUCUCGCCGGUGUCGGAGGAGGAAGCCUUCGGAGUUACCGUCAGCGGCGGCGUCGCCGCUGCUGCUGCUGGCACCGGCUCAGCAGGCGUCACAGCUGCCGCUGCUGCCAGUGCAGCCACGGCAACCGCCGCGCCGGACCCCCGCGCGCAAGAUAUCUUGGCAUCUCGGAGUGCGCACUUUGCGGCCCAGCGGCGUACGGCAGCUAAAGCCUUCGCUCAGCCCGACCCACGGGCCAUGUACGAGCUUUUGCUGCUCAGCCGGUGCAUACAACAAAACCAAACGGAUGACUUGUACGGCACAGCAGCGCCUGUCCAGGGAGGCUCAAGGCGCAAAUUGGCGGCUGUAACAGCCCAGAGCACUCAGAUUGCGAGCCUAAUCGACGCGCAUAAUAAGGCCCAUGUAAAGCUGGCGGCGCCGGCGCCUAUCCCUGUGGGCCGAAACGGCGGCGGCGGCGGCGGUGCGGCGGCGGCGCCCGCGCUGGCGUGGACGGGCCAUAACCCGUCGCCACGCAACAGCUUCAUCCAGUCGCAGGCCUCGGCCACGUUGGCGCUGCCACCGGUACGGCAACCGUCGACGUUAUUGCAGCCGGCGGCGGCGUCGGGGAGCUAUUUGUGGUUUCAGCCGACGGCGCCGCCAUCGGUGCUACCGCCGAUUGCCGGGUCGGAGUUUGUCCGUCGCUCUACUCUGACUCCCGUGUCCUUCACGACGCCGACGGCGACCUCCACGGGGGUGCCGCUUGCGCAGCCCCCGCCCCCGCCGCUGUACGGGCAGUACACGUUCGCCGCCGCGCCGUCGACGGCGCCAAUGACCGAUAUUUUGACAGGAUCUUGGGUUUGUAGCCGUCCUGCGUCUGCACGCGAGCUCAUGUCGGCAGGGUCGGUGGUGGCGGAGCUGCUACCGCCGGCUCCACCGUUGCAGCAGCAGCAGCAGGAGCCACCGCUGCAGCCGCCACGGGCGCUAGGCCGGAGCUCUAACGGCCUAAAGCAUCUACCGCCGCCGGUGCUGCAGCACCAGCCAUCACGGCCUGAGUCGGCGGCGGCGGCAGCUGCGGCUCCACAACCGCCGCCGCCGUUGCUUCGCAUCGCUAGCAGCCGUACCAGCAGCCGGGAGGGCGGCAAAGGUGCCGUACUUUCCCAGGUCGCCGGCUCCAGGGAGGCUGGCAGCCAGGGCAGGCUGGGCAGUCCGGUAUCAAGUGUUAGUUUGACGGGUCACAACCAUUUUAGCGCUGCCACCGCUGCCGCCGCCGGCGAUGACGACGCGUUUGGCACCGGCUCUGGGCCCCCCUGGGCGCCGGCGACCGCUUCGUUUAGCGUUCCUCCGCCACAGGACGCGAUCCGACCAGGUUCAGGCCACGGGAUUGAUUCUCCCCUCCCAUUGUACGGCAGUGCAACCGCCGGCGCGGCUGCCACCGUCACUGACGUCACAGGUACGACAGGGUCGGCGUCGCCGCUGACGGCGGAGUCCAGCUCCUGGAGCGGCGUUCUGCCGCCGAUCGCCGCCUCGGUGCUGGCGUUACAGACGCAGCCCUCGAUGCUAUUUCAUCAGCAUCACCACCAACAGCAGCAGCAGCAGCCUGUCGCCGAGGCUGUUGCUGCUGCUGCUGCUACUACUGCGGCUGUGGCUGUAGUAGCGGCGACAGGCCAUUUACAGCAGCAGCAGCAACAACAACAAGAACAACAACAGCAGCAGCAUUCAUUUCACCUGGCACAGCUGCAGAAUCCCCAAAUCCCGCUGGCGCCGCCGCCGGCCCCGCAGCAGCAGGCGAACGGCCAUAACGCUCGUAACGCCUCCCCCAAAGCCCAAAGGUCCAUAUCCCCCGUGGCGCGCAUUUCUACCCCGACGUCGAACCAAACCUCAGGCUCCAUUUCUUUGUCGUACCCGCCCGUCGUCGGCUACAGAUCCUCAACCUCCACACCCAGGCUGCCUGCCGUAGGGCCGCCGCGGCGGUCCCCUGCAUCUGGCGUCAUGCCGUACGACGGCAUCGGCGGCGGCGGCAGCGGCGCCGCCGCCGCCGUCUCUGUACCAUCCCUUGGCGCGGUGCUGGAUGUGCCGGUACUGGUGGCGUCGGCGUCGGCGUCGGAGGUCGGCGGCGCCGGGGGAACCCCGCGACGCAAGGCCAAGGGCCAGCUGCGAGUGGGACGAGCACCGUUGGGGCUUCCGCUGGCCGCGAGGACACCUGAGCGGCCGCCAGGAUCCGGCGGCCUCUGA